AGCUGUUGCUAUGGAGAUUCCCAAAACGUGAAUAACCCAUAGGCACGAAUUCAUUCACAGGCCCAGCUAGGGGGGAUUAUGUUACUAGGAGUUGUAUAUCCACGUUGUAUCUCUCUUUUGUGAAGAAUCAUGCCAGAAGAGAAAUCACAGACCUCCUGCAAAGCAGGGGUAAACUUGACAAAAACCCUCAUCGCCUGGAGAAACCUGUUCAUCCCAGCAGAAGAGGUGGUCCUGGAGAAUACAUCCCAAGCCUUGGCGUCUCUUCAGAUCCUCCGGCUAGACAGGGAGAGAAUUAGCUGUAUUUCAAACCUGCAAGGUUUAGAACAGCUCCACAGUAUCUACCUUCAACAGAACCAAAUAGAGAAAAUUGAAAACCUGAGCUGCCUCCCCAACCUGAAAUUCCUAUCGCUAGCUGGGAACCGCAUCCACAAAGUGGAGAACCUCCUGGCUCUCCAGAAGCUGAAGUUUCUGGACCUCUCACACAACUGCAUUGAGACUCUGGACACAGAUGAGCUGCCCCAGAGCCUUGUCAUCCUUGACCUCACAGGAAACAAAUGCAGGAGUCAUAUCGGCUACAGGGAGAGUGUAUUGGCAGCCCUGCCCCAUCUCAUCGAACUGGAUGCCCAGGAUGUCCCCAGGCAGAAGGCUCCUUUCCCAAAAAGGGAAGAGGAGGAAGAUUCAGAAGACAGUGACGAGGAGGACUUUCCUGAGCUCUCUAGCCUACUGAGCACAGAAAAAGAUUUCUUUAUUGACCUCCACAAUGAGCUUACCAGCCGCUCAGCCCGGAGGAGGGGGCAGGCGAUGAGUGAGCAUGAGGCCCGUCUGGAGGAGCUGAAGGAACGGCAACAACUGCAAGAGCGACUUCUUCAAACAAGCCAAGGCAGCCCCGCCACAAUGCUGCAUCUGUCAGAACCAACAAGCCCAGCCCCGGAGGACACCACUCUCCAAACCGAGCAGCAUGCUGCUUCUAAGCCGCUUUUAAAAACAACAAAUGCAACAUUUCAUGUGGGAUCCAGUGCUCCAAAAGGGAAAGCUGAAGGUGGAAGCCGGACCAAGUUGAAAACUUUGAAAGGGGAGGUAUCCAGUGCAUCAAAAACGGGAAGCAAGGUAGUAAAGAAAUGACCAUUUCACUGUUAUUAAAGGUCUAUAACUGUUUUA